CACAUAUCUCAUCAUUGAUAAGGACGCUAUCAGCGGCGGAGGAAGAGGGGGCGGGAUCUAGUUUCUUCGAGAUAAAGCAAUUACCCGUAACGUAGUCUCACCCCUCGUCUGGCGAGAUCUGGAUUUUCUGAGAAAUCACAUCCUUGUUCCAUAUGUACAGUGCGAACAACAUUAAAAUACCGUACUUCAAGUAUGCUUCUUGCUGAACCACCGCGCGUUACUCUCAAAGGCACGUCUCGAGAGAUCGGCCUUCAUCAUGGCCGCGCUCUCUCCUCGCAAAUCAAAGCCCAAAUCGCCAUCUACACUGAUAUGUUCGCAUACACAUCCAAACUGUCAUGGCCGUCUGUCCUCUCCCUUGCAGAGGAAUUCCGUGUUUCGAUCCAGAAACUCACUCCCGAUAUCUACACGGAGAUGGAGGGGAUUGCAGAAGGCGCAGGCGUCAACGUCCUGGACAUCGUGGCUCUGAAUUGCCGGAGCGAGAUUGCACUAGGAAAGUUCUCGGAUGGAUGUACGAGUAUUUCGUGGAAGAAGAGUGAUGAUGAAAGGAUCUUAGCGCAGAACUGGGACUGGACAGCUCAGGUGAAGAGGAAUUUGGCCAUGAUGGCGGUCGAGCAGGUGGGGAAGCCGACGAUUUAUAUGGUUACGGAGGCAGGCAUAGUGGGAAAAAUUGGGUUCAACACUGCUGGUGUAGGUACCUGUCUCAAUGCCAUUCGCGCCCGUCCUACAGAUAGCUCGAAACUACCCGUCCAUGUUGCCCUCCGUCUCUGCUUAGAGAGCUCUUCAGUCGAUGAUGCCGUCAAAACCCUCGAAUCUCUCGGCUCAGUGGCAUCUAGCCAACACAUCCUUAUCGCGGAUAGCAAGACCUCGCUGGGGAUGGAAGUCUCGCCCCUAGGAAACGUCUACUUGAGAGAAAACGAGGCGGGAAUAAUAACACACACUAAUCACUUCAUUGAGAACAAAUAUGUCGACGAGGCUCCUUGGUUGAGCGGGUCGCCUAUCCGACUUGAACGGGUUCGACAGCUUUCCAAUGAGCUGGUGAAAGAAGGCGUUAAGGGAGACAAGAUCGUCCCAGGCUUGCUCAGAGAGAAGGUCUUUUCAGAUGGGUACAAUGCGCCCCAGGCUAUCUGCUGCCAAGAAGACCCCGGUAGCCAUCAGUCCGUACGAAGCAGUACGUUGUUUAACAUCAUAAUGAAUCUGAUCCCAGAGAAUUCCUCUGCGGAAAUCGUAUGGGGUCAGCCGGGCUCAGGGAAGGAGGGCCCUGUCUUGAAAAUGCCGUGGGCAUGAAUCUGAGUG